CACGGCAUAGCUCCUGGAAGUGGUUAUUAUGUUUUGCUGCAUUCUUUCCACUUCUAUUCCCCCAGACCACAAGAUAAGAUAAAUCCAAAUCCAAGAUGGUGGACAACGUUCCCAUAACAACAGGUUCUGACAACCCUAAGGGCAUGGAAUCUAUGAGUGUGCAGAAAAUUGACGGAGUUCCCUACCCUUGCUGUUUGGGCUCCGACAACAUGGCCGACGUAUUCUCCAUUAUCCGGAAGCUCAACCUCCGAGACGAUGACGUCAUCACAGUGGGUAUGCCCAAAACGGGCAACCACUGGACAUCCGAGGUGGUCAGUAUGAUAUUACGACAAAAUCUCGAGUUCAGUUCCACUCAGUUCAUCUCUCAUCUUCUGGACUUUGUCGGACCUAAUGUGCAAACAAGCAUUGACCAGAUGACGUCACCUCGGAACCUCGCUCUGCACGCGCACAUGGAUAAACUUCCAGCCCAGGUGGUGGAGAAAAGGUUGAAGGUCAUAUAUCUACUACGGAACCCGAAAGACGUGUGGGCCUCGGGGUAUCAGAUGUACUCUACACUCAGCUAUCAGCCUCUGCAAUAUACGGGGACAUGGAAUGACUACGUAUCCAUCAGACAACGCGGAGAGUUUCUAUUCGAUUCCUGGUUCAACAACGUGUUGGCCUGUGAACGCUUUAUGGCAGACCACCCCGAGUGUCCUGUGUUUGUUAACAGUUUUGAGAGGAUGAAGGAGGAACCAGCUGCUAUCGUAAGAGAUCUGUGUGAAUUCCUCGGACAACCCACCACUCUGUCUGAGAAGAUCGCGGAGGUCACACAGUUCAAACACAUGAAAGAGGCUCUGAACGACAGCAAGAUGAAUGAUUUGACACAGGAACAUUUUCAAAAAGGAAAGACUGGCAUAAUGAGGAAGGGCGAAGUGGGCGACUGGAAGAACUGGUUCACAGAAGACCAAAGCGAGGCUUUUGACCGCCUUUUCGAAGAGAAGAUGGCGGAUUCCAAACUGGCACAGAUUGUGCGCCCAUAUAUCAUGUGACUGUGGUAAAAAAAAUACAUGGUACUUAAUAUACUAGAUCUAUAUUCACAUUUUUGUCCUAUUUUGUGGUAUUUCCUCUCCCCACUCAAUGUGGUACUUUAGCUU